AAAGGGGCGUGUUUGUUUGAAUAAGGUUUGUACAAAAACUGAAAGUGCUCCGACUUCAUUCUCAGGCAAUCCGGUCUCCUGUGAGGUUCAAAGGCCAGAAAUAAUGUACACCAUAGUUCUGCUGGUGGGCUUUCUCAUAGCUGCGUACAUUUUCCAUGAGACGGCGGUGAAGGGGAAGAGUUGCACCAGCAAAGCAAAGUUGCAUGGCAAAACUGUGAUAGUGACUGGCAGCAACACUGGCAUAGGGAAGACCACGGCCAUAGAGCUGGCUAAAAGAGGAGCCAGAGUGAUCCUGGCCUGUCGCAGCAAGCAGAGAGGAGAAGCUGCUCUGCAGGACGUCAAGAGGGAGAGUGGCAGUAAUCAGGUGGUGUUCAUGCAGCUGGAUCUGGCUAGUCUUAAGUCGGUCCGCAGCUUUGCAGAGAACUUCCUGAAGACAGAACCCAGACUGGACAUCCUGAUCAACAAUGCAGGUCUGUUCAUAUUUGGUCGAACCGAGGACGGGUUCGGGAUGACGUUUGGUGUCAACCAUCUCGGUCAUUUCCUGCUGACUAACCUGUUGCUGGACCGACUGAAGGAGUGCGGACCGAGCAGAGUAGUGAAUGUGUCAUCUGGAGCGCACAAUUGGGGAACAGUAGAUUUUGACUGCCUGAACACCCACAAAGAUCUAAGGAUUGGGACGUCGUUUGUGGCUGGCCAAAGAGUUUAUGCAGACAGUAAGCUGUGCAACGUUCUCUUCACCUACGAACUUGCCAAGAGACUGAAGGGAACCAAGGUCACUUGCUACUCCCUCCAUCCAGGAGUCAUCAAGACUGACAUCAUCAGGAACACGAGCCCGAUUUUUCAACUAAUCGCAUUGAACGUUUUAAGAUUUUUCAUGAAGACCCCUCUCCAGGGAAGCCAGACCACGCUGCACUGUGCCCUGCAGGAGGGCAUCGAACACCUCAGCGGGCGCCACUUCUCCAACUGCACCGCCAGAGAAGUACUGGCCAAGGCCAAGGAUCCGGUGACUGCAAAGAAGCUGUGGGAGAUCAGCGAGAGAUUCUGUGACCUCUGAAGAGUGUUUUACUAAAGUAGUUUGUUUUAAAUAAGAGCCACUCGUGAUGUUAACUUCAAUCUGUUUGUAAAAAUUGAAACCGAGACCAAAGUUGACACUUUCAUGUGACUUUUCUUUAACUUUCCAGAUAUUGUAAAAAGAGGAAGGGAAUUGACUUGAUUUAGAUAUUACAUAACUCAUGAUCCACAUGUGGAAUUUUAACUAGAGUGUAAAUAAAUGACAUUUCUGACAUCAUAAUCCAGCGACUCUAUAGUCUUUUGGCUAUAUAGCCUUUAUAUGGGCAGCUAAUGGGAUCAUCCAUUGAUGUUUGACUGGCUUAUUAGAAGCCAUUGUACUAAAAGACAUUAUAUAUUUUCAGCUUUUACCAAUGGGAAUGUUUCUGAAGAUUAGUUCCUUUGGAAACUCGAAAAGCUAAUGGCACAAAGCUUUGAUUCUACAUUUCUCCAUUUAUGUUUUUUAUAUGCCUGAUGAAUAAUAUGUACCUGUAUUAAUGAGGGGCCGUCACAAAGGUUAUGAAGGUGCAGGUUUAGUGGUGGAAAUGUACAUUACAGUUAUUUCGUUAUUUAAGUACAUCAAGCUAAAUUGUAUGUAAAUUUAAGAGUUACAGUUGUAAAUGUAAAUUAUAAAGACUUGCAGUUUUUCUGGGGAAAGUUUUGACAAUUUUCAAAGUUUUACCUGUUAACCCAAUAAAUUUAGAGCCAUGAAGCCGAUUUU